AUGGAAGACGCAGUGCCAGUUUGGGUAGAAGAACAUGUUAUUAUUGAAAAUUUGACAGAAGACUGUGAGGUAGGCCUCGUUAAUUUGAAUGAAAAUGGCAACGUAGAAGCUGCUGCAGACGUUAAUUUAAGUAAAAAUGCUGUAAUGGAAGAGGCAGUGCCAAUUCGGGUAGAAGAAAAUGUUAUUAUUGAAAAUUUGACAGGAGACACUGAAGGAAAACAUAACGUUCUUCCCCCGUGUGAGGACAGUUGUUUUUUACGGUGUCGCCAAAAUAUAUCUGAUGAUCAAAGAUAUAGGAUAAACCAAGCGUUUUGGGACAAAUCUUUGGCUGAUAGAAGAGCGGCGCAUGCUCCAAAGACUUUAUAUCUACCCAGUGAUGUGACAAUUAUUCUGAUGCACAAGGAUUUUUUGGAGAAAUAUCCAAAUUCCAAGGGUUCAUACGAAGUGUAUAAGGUUCAAGUAAAGAAAAUGAAAAUAUCAUUUACUAAACUUGGACACAAAGAAUGCGAAACGUGUGAGCAGUAUAAACUUCAUGGCCACAAUGAAAAUAACUUGAAUGAUGAUUGUGAAGAUUGUAUUAAGUGGAGAAAUCAUAUUGAUGCGGCUACAAAGUCAAGAAAACUUUACAAGUAACAAAAUACAAUUGUUGAUCCGUCCGUCCUAGAAGUGUCAGCCGAUUUGCAAAAGAUUAUAAUGCUACCCAGAGUAGAAACAUUCCUAGUAGAAAGUCCUAUUUACUAAAAGGCUUGUAGCCUAUCAUGAAAGCUUUGUAUCAGUGUGAGAUAAGUCUUCUUCUAAGCCUUUUGCUGUGUUAU